AGCUCGGGGACGCGUCCGAGCGAAAGUUUGCAUUGCACUCAGAGGGCCGUCACGCGGAAGCUCCAGGGUAAACAAGUUCAUAUUCCUUAUUCCUUGAGUGCGUCCCCCGUAUAACCUACCCCCCAACUUCGCCCUUCCCAACAGCUCAUCAAAGUUCCGGUCCACACAGCAAAAUGUCCUCCACAGCAGCAGCAGCACCCUCCGCUAGAACCGUGGUCAAUCUCUACAGGUCUUAUCUCAGAGUGAUCAACCAAUGGCCUGCUGAUCCCAUCCGCCCCACCCGCAACAUGAAGACAGCUCUGCGAAGCCAGGUCACCGAGUCCUUUCGAUCUCCCAUCACCGGAGCCAACAACGAUACCCUCGCUUCUAGAAUCGCAGACGCUCGUGUCCAGCUUGAAGCUCUGCAAAAGAUCACCCGGAACGAGUUCAAACAAAAGUACCCUCUUUCACCAAAGCUGUUAACCCCUGCAAGCAAUCCCAAUUACUACUCAAAGCUCGUCGACAUGUUGGAGAAGGAAACUGCCAAGAAGAACUUUGAGGCUAUCGGAAAGAAGGGUCCAAGUUUCUUCCAAAGACUCUUCAGGACCGCCAAGUGAACUUAUAACCUCUGUGCUAUUGCUCCU